GGUUCUUUGCGGUGAGUGACUGCUGUAUUAGUCAUCUGCAUGUGCAGGCUGUAUUCAUCUGCUCGCCAAAAACUUUAUUUAUUAGUCACUUUUGGAAUCUCCCUUUUUGCACUAAAAUGGAACCUGUGCCAAAAGGAGCAUGUGUGGGCGAGAUGAAAUGGUACGAGCUCCUCACUCCGCUCUACGAGCCCUUGGAGGAGAUGGGUUACCUGUGCAACGCUCGCCCCCCGCCUCCUCCCACCCCCUGCGACCCCGCAGACAUGCCGCUCGACAACCUCCCCAUGUUUACAGGAAGUCACUAUGCAGGGUCGGGUGACUGCUACAUCCGGGGAGAUAAUCUGAUGAACAUGAACUACAGAGCUCCGCUGCAUCUGGGUUACAUGCAGCCGGCUCACCUUAAUAUUGGGCCAAUUGGUGAUGUCACCAAGCAGUAUAUGAACUAUCAGCACCCACCCUACGAGUGGCCUGUCAAUCACCCGCAUGCUCCUACUCCUCCGCAGUUCCAUGAAGAAGCCAUGAUGAUACUGCCGGAGGGUGCAAAGUUGCCUCCUGUUGAAAUGCCGAGCCUUACGGAUCCGAGCUCCCCCCCAAGAAAAGUCCCGUCCAUCAAAAAAAGGAAACGUGAAGGCCAGGAGGAUGAAGAUAAAGUGUACAUUAAAAAGCCACCAAAUGCAUUUAUGAUCUUCCGGAAGGAGCAGAGGGAGAAUGUUAUGGCGCGAUUGAACAUCCGCGACAGCGCUGUGGCCAAUAAAGUCCUGGGUCAUAUGUGGAAAUCGCUGUCGGAGAAGGAGCAGGAGAAGUAUUACCAUCUUGCCGAUGCCGAAAAACGCCUCCACACCCAGCUGCACCCCAACUGGUCCUGCACAGACAAUUACGGUCGAAAGAGGAGGAAGCAGAGGAGCAGAGUGGCUCCCUAAGGAAAACCUCCAAGCAAACUGCUGAGGCUCCUACUGUCACUUGAAACAUACUGUUCUAGUGUUUGACUUAAUCACAAGUCAUUUGAAGUUUGUUUUUUUUUUUUUGUUUUGAUAUUGACUGAGCUGGAAAGUGCUCAGGAAGUUCAUUAAUUUCAAACGGGGAGAUAUUAAACCUCAUUGUUGUGGGGGGGGGGGGCAUUUUUAAUCAUGUUUUGUUAUUUGUGCAAUGAUAGCUUUAACACAAUGCUUCAUCACUGGUUUCCUGUACUGUCGCCACUCGUGUGAGCAAAUGAUUUCCAAAGAAAGUGAACAAGCUUUUAAUCAAGCUUCAUGUCCACAUUUCCAUAAAUAAAUGUAUACAUUAUGAAAAAUAUU